GUCUCAAUGCGACUUUUCGUGUAUUUUCAUCCCAGCUGGCCGGCCGGGCAGAAUUCAAAAACAAACCAGGUUUCAGGAGAGCAAGCAAGCAAGCAAGCAGGCAAGAUGGCAGACGAGGACGCGGCGUUCCAGGAUGCAGUCAGCUCCAUGUUCGUGGAGGAAAAUCGCCUGGCAACCUUCGAUGGCGUGGACUGGCCCUUUCCCAAGCGACGCAAGUGCCGCCCUUCCAACUUGGCAAAGGCGGGGUUCAUCUACAAGGGAACGCCAGAGUCUCCCGAUAAUGUGCAGUGCUUCCUUUGCGAGAAACAACUUGACGGAUGGGAGCCUGGCGACGACCCCAUGAAAGAGCACGAGCGCCACAGCCCGCGCUGCCCGUUUGUCACGUUGAGCAUGGAGGAGAGCCGGCUGGCCACAUUCAAGCUCUGGCCAAAGCACCUCUACAAGGCCACCCCGGAAGAGUUUGCAAAAGCAGGCUUCAUGUAUCUGCCGUGCAAGGACUCGCCAGACCAGCUCAAGUGCUUCAAGUGCAAGAAGAGUCUUGAUGGCUGGGAGGAGGGUGACGACCCAUUUGAGGAGCACUUCAACCACAACAAGCGGUGCACGUUCAUCAAGGCCGCCAUGAAGCGACGCGAAGAGGCCAGGGCGCGACAGAAGGAAGAGAAGGAAGAGGAGGAAGAGAAGGAAGAGGAAGGACAGGAGGAGAAGGAGGAGGAAGAGGGGGAGAAGGAGGAGGAAGAGGGGGAGAAAGAAGACCAAACCCAGGAUGGGGAGGAAGCAGCGGUGGUCAGGGGGCGGCAGUGGAAGAGGUCAGAGGAAGGCGAUGUUGCAGCGACCGCAAAGCAGAGCAGCAAGCGGGUCGACAAGGAGAAUGGUAGCGCAGCCCAAGACACACCAGCGGAGUCGGACACGCAUCUCCAGGGUGAGGAUGAAGGCGAAGUGACGCCAACAGCUGGCGGCAAAGCCCAGCACCGCGUCGCACAGCAUAUGGACGAAGCGGGCGAUGACGCCACCGACGCGCCACAGACGCCCGGGACGGUGAAGGCGAAAGCUGCGACGUCGAAGCGCGUGGCAGCAAAGGAGACGGCUCCGAGCAAGAAGACAAAAGCAGCACCACUGCAGGACAAGACUAACGACACAACCACCACGACGACCGCCGCCGUAAAGGAUCAAGAUGCAGAGGGCAGCUCGCAGGAGGCGAGCUCCAGCUUUGACGUCGACUUGGAGGACCCCGAGAUCCAGAGCAAAACAGUCAAGGAGUUUCUCGAAGACGUCAAGGACACCAUGAUCCACAACAUCGUGGCUGAGGCUGAGGAGAAGAUCCGGCAGUUCCGGGAAAAGGCCGCCGAGACGCGCGCACGCAUCCAGGCCCUCAUCAACUGAUGUCCCACGGUCAUGGUGGUGGUGGUGUGAUGUGGCGUGGUGUCAUAUUUGGUGUGGUGUGGUGUCGUGGUUUGGUGACGCUACUGCUUAUGAUUGUGCUGAGUGUUGGGGGGGGGGGUUUCUGUUUCGUGUUCAGAAAGCCGUUGAUGGCAGUGCGCGGACGUGUGCAAUGUACACUUGCCCGCGUGUUGAGUUGACCAUCCUUUUACAAUACACAUACAAAUGUCGAGUG